AAGCGAAGGUGGUUCCCACGGGUAGACAUUUGAAGGGAGGGAUGCCGUGUCCAAGAGGGCGCAAAGUUCAUUUUCUGCGGCUCCAGAGAUUCCCAGAUCCUCCCACCGGCAGGGGGCGCUAGCCGGCCGGGUUGGGCGGCGGUCAUGCGCAUGCGUAAUCGAGAGCUUCGAGGCCAAGCCAGGCUGCGGGAGAGCUGGGAGGGCGCUCCUUGCCUGCGCUGGAACCGCUCCCGGCGCACAUGCGCAGUAGCUUCGCCUAGCGGGCACCGGCCAUGGCUGAGUGGACUCCUGCCCAGGCUUGGGAGUGGGACGUGGAGCCCCAGCACCUGGCGUCCUUUCAGCCCCCUGCCCUCUUUGAGCAGGCUGCCGAAAGGGAGAUCUACCCAACAGCCGAGAUCUCCCUUUGGACGGUGGUGGCUGCCAUCCAGGCGGUGGAGAGGAAGGUGGAUUCCUACGCCACGCGGCUGCUGAACCUGGAAGGGAGGACGGCCACGGCCGAAAAGAAGAUCUUUGAGUGUGAGAAGACCGAGCUGGAGUUCAGCAACCACGUGGCCGCCCUGGGGACCCUGAUCCAGGAGUACGGGCUGCUGCAGAGGAGGCUGGAGAACAUGGAGAACCUGCUCAAGAACCGGAACUUCUGGAUCCUGAGGCUGCCCCUGGGCCCGAGGGGAGAGAUCCCCAAGGUCCCCGUGACUUUUGAAGACAACGCGGCCAGCUUCUCUGCACAGGAGUGGGCCCGUCUGGAGGAGUGGCAGAAGGAGCUCUACAGGAACAUCACCAAAGGGCACUAUGAGCCAUUGGUCUCUCUGGAUUCUGCCAUUUGCAAAGUCGGCAGCCUCCCCGCAGCGGAGCGAGUGGACGUGCCCCACGUCACGAAUCAGGAGUUCUUGGUGGAAAGGCCCUUCCCCACAGAGCUUAGAACAGGCUCUGCGGUGCCACAGAGAGCUGCUGGGGUUCAAACCUGCCUGGAAGCUGCGUCCUCUCACCCAGAGCCCUUCGCCCCGAACUCCAGAAGAGAGUGUGCUGAUUACGCAUUCCCUGAAGCAGAGUCUUUGACUUCCAAAGAAGAUCUUUUAUCCUGGAUUAAACAAGAAGAGCCCCCCGGGAAAGGCAAGUGGGACCUGGAGAGAGAGACCCCCUCUGUUCUCAGCUACGAUGACAGCACCAUGAUCAAGAGUGAGGAGCAGAAUCUCCAAACGGGUCCAAAAGUCCACCUCCCGAGCCAUGGGCUGCUCCCGGGGAUGCCCGGGGAGGGCGUCUUCCAAGUCCCCAAGCCGGAAGUGAAUGGCGAGAGACAGUCCGCUGCCCCCCUCGCCCAACGGCCGGAGGAACCCCCUCAGGGUGACAGAAGGUGUCGCGGUGCAGGAGUUGCCCCGCCAGAAGCCUGCCUCAAAGCAGAGCCCUUCCACUGUCUCAAGUGCCAAGAGGGCUUUGCUUGUGAGCAGCAGUUUUCCUUGCAUCAGAGGAUUCACACGGGAGAGGAGAUGUACAAGGAAGGUGUUCUGCCGUCACUCGAACCCAGCGCCCAGCAGCUCCCAGACCCCUCCUAUGCAUGCGGAGACUACAAAGGCGGCUUUGGGGAGCAGCCCUUCUCCCCAGCGGCUGGGAGGCCGUACGUCUGCUCCCUCUGCCCCAAGAGCUUCCGGCUCAAGACCAGCUUGCUGAUCCACCAGAAAACACACACUGUGGGGAAAAGCGAAAGUGCGUUUGUGUGCCCUGAGUGCGGGUGUGGCUUCAGCCACCAGGGCCAGCUCACCCGGCACCAGGCCAUCCACGCCGACCGGCCGCACCAGUGCUCCGAGUGCCACAAAGCCUUCAACCGUAAGUCCAGCUUGGUGGUCCAUCUCAAGACCCACCGCGAAAGACCUCGGCCCUUCCAGUGCCCGCAGUGCCACAAGACUUUCAUCCGCAAGCAGCACCUGGACGACCACACCCGGACACACACCGGCGAGAAGCCCUACCAGUGCCCCGAGUGCGAGAAGCGCUUCGCCGAGAAGUCCAAGCUGACCAACCACUACCGCAUCCACACCGGCGAGCGCCCGUACCGCUGCGGGCAGUGCGACAAACGCUUCGUGCGAGCGCACCACCUGGUCAAGCACCAGAGCAGCGUCCACCAGGCCGGGGCCAAGCUGUACUCGUGCCAGGAGUGCGGGCAGAGCUUCAGCCACGCCCAGGCCUUUGUCAGCCACCAGGCGAGCCACAGCAACGGGGAGAGGCGGCACCGCUGCAGCGAGUGCCUCAAGACCUUUGCCCGCAGGAAGUACCUGCUGGAGCACCAGCGCAUGCACACCGGCGAGAAUCCCUACGCCUGCCCCCACUGCGGCAAGCGCUUCCGCUACAAGCAGUCACUCAAGCAGCACCUGCGCGUGCACGGCGACCAGCCGCCCCCCGGCACAGAGCAGGGCCCCCCGGCACAGAGCAGCACGGCCGAGAAGACGCCUUUCCCGCUGGGGACCCCUGCUAACGGCACCUGAAAGCUGGCCAGGGAGGGACACUGCUCCCCCACCCAGUCAGGCAUUUGGGGGGGGGGGGCACAAGGGACAGGCUUCUCUUUGGGCAGCCCCGGCCUGGUUGCACGGCGGCAUCUGAGGCACCUCCACUGUCUGCGUUGACCUUGUUGCUAACCAAAGGGGAAGGUUUGGGAUGCUCAGCUGGUCUCUGAGUUCUUCCGCACAGACCCGGAACCCCAUUAACUCUCUUCUUCAAAGCAUUUCAGUAGUCUUCAAAUGCCAGAAGCUUUUCCGGUCUCGAGGUGCAGCCUGGAUUGCCAGCAGGUGGGAAACAAGGCUCAGUUGGUCCAAGCCCACGUCAGGCAGGCCAGGGGCCCGGUGGGUGGAGGGACCUGCUUUGUCUUGGCCCAAGAGAGAGCGGGCGUUCAAGCAAGGCCAGGCAGGAAGACACAAGCCCUGGGAGGCCCAGCAAAUGCCGCCCUCCUCCUCCUCCGCCUGCUGCAGUCACAAGCGGCACCCAGUUCCUUUCCCCCAGUGGGUCAGCAACUGAGAGGGCCCGUUUCUUGAAACCCCCAAGGGAGAUGUGGGGGUGCGCUACCAGUGAUGUUUAUUCUCCCGCCUACACUAAGGCAAAUCUCAGCCCGGAGUGACAGUGCGGUUCAGGCCUUUCCCUGGCUUUGCUUCCUAGGGCCAGACCAUGCCGGGGCCUUGUGAGGCGAAAGGCCUGCAUUGGGAGCCCAGCUGAAAGCGAAGCUCAGCCGUUCGUCAGGGGAGCCGAGGGGCUCUUGCGGUUCGAGCAUCAGACUGUGUCGUUCCCUGGCCCUCCUUACAGUCGUUUUGCACAGAUUAAGCGAGAUAACUAAAUUGGAGUUCAGCAGCAUCUUAGAGACAGGAUUUGGACACCUGUCUGGCAAAGGGAGCUUUAACUCCCAAACACUCGCUCUGAAAAUCUCAAGGGUCUCUGAGGUGCAGCUGGACUUGAAUUGGGCCGUUCGGCUGCAGACCCUCGGGCACUGAAGCAGGCAAGAAUUGCCAAGGACUCUGCACGUGGAAGGUGUUGCUACAAUGGUGAAGAAUUUGGGUUUUUGAAAAAAACCAAGACUAUACUCUGUUCCUCAGAAAGAUGAUAGUAAGGCCGUAUAUUCCUUCGCCAUGUAUGCUGGACCUUCUUUGUUGUAGAAUGCUCCACCAGGAUCCGAGCGCCUACCUAGCCCUGCUUCUCCCUCCCAUCCACUUGAAAGUCAAAAUACAUUUUGGCAUAAAUACUCUUGAGAGCCAGUGUGGUGUAGAGGUUAAGAGCAGGUGGAUUCUAAUCUGGAGAACUGGGUUUGAUUCCCCACUCCUCCACCUGAGUGGC